UUAAUUAUAAAGGUCACAGGCACCAAGUUACAUUCUUCAAGAAAGUGUAUGAUGACCCUGAGUGUGAAGUUUGCAAAUUUCGCUACAAUGAUCCCCCCUCCUAUUUACGCUGUAUGGAGUGUGAUGACUUCAAUGUCCAUCUCCUGUGUGCUGCACUGCCCAGUACCAUAAAUCAUAAAUGUCAUAUAGAUCCGCUUUACCUCGAAGAUUAUUUUGCAGAUGACGAUUCCAGUGAUGACGAUUCGGAUGAAUACUAUUGUGAUGCUUGUGAGGAAAGUAGAGACAAGCGGGAAUGUGUUUAUCGAUGUGCAGAAUGUAGCAACUAUGUCGCACAUAUCAAUUGCGUGCUUGAUGAGGUGUUACUUUCAAUUAGCGGAAAGCGAGGAGAUGUGGAGUUCAGAAAUGUGGAUAGAGAAAUGGCUGAUAAAAGAGGUUUAACCUUGGCACACAUAUUUAACCCUUCUAAUGAAGAUGAGCAGAAGGAAUUCAAGGAUGUUGAAGUAGUUAUUAGUGAUUUGAUUAGAGAGAGAAUGUCUAAAGCCAAGGUUAUGGAAAACGAUGAUAUUCUAGAGGAUUUGGAAUGUUCAGACGAGACAUUCAUACUGUUUUUGAAGAACGUCACUUUUGAUGAUGGUAAAGAUAAGAUAGAGGAGUGUUCGGGAAUUACAUUUUGGGACUUGGAUUCAAAAGUUGUAAAGGUCCGGGAUUACAGGGUCUCUCAGAACUUUGUUCCUAUUCUGGAGAAAUUAUUUAUUAAAUAUGGGGAUAUUAGUGAAAAAUCCCCUUUAAAUCUAGGGACAAAGACUCGUUUCCUAAACAUAUUUUGUGGAGUUGUACAUAGCAUGUGCAAUACAAAGGCUAAGGAUGUCAAUAGGACUUUACUUUUCAAUUGGUGGAAGAACUUUAAGCUUGUGCAAGAAGCCAAGUUCGAUAUCCAGUUUGCCUUCGAUCAUUUGUAUAGAUUUGCACAAUCACUUAUUCGUAUUCUGUGCGAAUAUAAAAUUGACAAAACCACUUUUGAUAAUCAAAUGAAGAUUGAUGAUCUAACAACUUAAUUGGAUGGACUCAAAGUUAAAUAAGAGGAGCAUAUAAGAUCUAAAAAAGGAAAAUCAAAAUUGGAAAAGGAUAUUUUGGUUGAAGACUUUGAACUACUUUCGAAGAUGGUGUGGACAUAUUCUCUUUGAUAUCAAAGUUGGAUUAGUUUUGUGUGACGGAGCUAUACAAGGUUCGUUUCUGGAGUUCCCAGCUUUCUUCCUAAGAAUUUAUUUAGGGAUUUCUUCAUGGUUCCAGUGAUGCUAUUGUAUUUACUUUUCUGUACCCAAGGUAUAUCUUCUGUGAGAACUAUUAGCAAUU